AUGCUACAUCACGAUCUAGAGGCGCUGCAUUAUAAAAAACCCAAAAGCAAACCCACCCAAGCAUCCGCCACUGGAUACUCAUCAUCUGCGCGAUCUCCCGACCCAACAUCCAUCUUCAUAUCUAUUCCCGUCAUCCCCUAUACCCCUACGAUCACGUCAACCACUAAACCUCGAUCGACCUCUAAACCUUCUGAAACCCCUCGUAGCACUUCAUGCCCAACCCUUUUCUGUCAACCUAGUUCGCAUACAUGCCCGCCCUGCCAGUCUGGAUAUACAUGUCGCCUAGACGUGAUCGACUCUUCUUGUCAGUGUCCAGUCGCCAGUUGUGUCAAAGCUGAUUCUGUUACUGGAGAAAAUAUAGACAGAGACUUGUCUCCGUCUUCUGGUACAUCCACUAGCAAGGCUGUUCUUCCAGUUGCGCUCGGAUGUAUUGCUGGGUUGGUUAUCUUUGCUGCGAUCCUUUUCUUGUUUAUCUGGCAUCGCCGGAAGGGCAGGAAAGCAGCAACCGGUCCAAUUCGAUUAAAGGAUGAGGAAGAUCGAAUUAAUGAAAGGGAAACUGAGGCUGCAAGAGACCCGUUUAACAAUAGCGACAAAAAACUCAACCACAAUUCUGUACAUGGUAAAAAUGAUCAGAAAGAUGUCAUCCAAAUAGCGUAUAUCCCCAGUGUACCCAACGUAGAUCUCACCAAGAUAUGUGAGAUAGAGAUGCUAGGUGGAGCUCCUCAAGCACCAUUCGCCGAUAAAGGUUCCUCUUUGGCAUCUAGGAUCUCUACUAGCUCCCUGGAUGAAGCUAUUGUCUUGGGUGUAAAUCAAAACGUUGUUCCAAAGGUCUAUAAACUCAACACUAUCAAAGCUAAUAACAGCGAUCUGAUUCAAAGAUCUAACUCCCUUCAUGCCUCCAACUCUAUCAAACGAGCAAGAUCUCAGAAAAGAGCGCUUGCGAGUCGGAAGCAAGCUGAGGCAGCUAAUGAAGAUGAGCAAAAAGAUGCUUCUGGAGAUUCAAGCAAUACAAAACAACAAGAGGUUCAACAGCAGUACACGCCUGCUGUGUUUGUCACUGCUCCGUCUGUACGUUCUUCUGCUCAAUCAACUGCAUCUGCCACAUGGAAGCCCAAACACUUCAGCAUAGUUGUAGAACCACGUCCACUCAACCCAAGCUACUACACUCGUCAAUCUUCGUCCUCCCCACCAUCACCGAAACUUGUACAAAGCCCUACAGAUACAGCUGAUAUCGAUUCAGAUCCAGCCAUACAUUCAUACAUAUUGCCUUCACCAUCUCCAUCUGUAUCAAUAACAGCACCAAAGUCCUUUGCUAGCAUGAAAUCACCUUCAUUAUCUAUGCUACCAUUAGCAUCAUCACCACCCCAUUCUGUUGAACCUCAGGGCCGAGCUCAUUCCAAAAUUAAUGUCGAAGAAUCUCUUAGGGAUGAAGACAAUCAUGGUACCUCAUGGGUCGAGAUUGAUCUCAGUACUCCAAUCAAAAAUAGCUUCGAUGUAAAAUUUGAUAUCAUCAAACCACCACGGUCCAUUGCCCCGAGUUCUAGUUUUUCUACGCAUCCGGGGGCUCGAUAG